UACCAGUUCAUGCGCCUCACGCUGCCGCGCCGCGCCGCCACGUCAACUUUGCAGCCAUUUUCCGGAGGUUUCGUGUUGUAGUUGGUCUGCGUUUCGUCUAGAAAAAACAACCGCAAAAUGAACGUUUUUCGGCUUAUAGGAGAUCUGUCCCAUUUGCUGGCCAUUUUAAUUCUUCUCUGGAAAAUCUGGAAGACGAGGUCAUGUUCCGGUAUUUCCGGCAAGAGCCAGAUUCUCUUUGCCCUGGUCUUCACGACGCGCUACCUGGAUCUCUUCACCAACUUCAUCUCGCCGUACAACACCUUCAUGAAGGUUGUCUACAUCACGUGCGCCUUCCUCACGGUUUACUUCGUCUACAUCAAAUUCAAGGCCACCUACGACAGCAACCAUGACACCUUCCGGGUGGAGUUCCUGGUGGUGCCCGUCGGUGGGCUGGCCUUUCUGGUCAACCACGAUUUCACUCCGCUUGAGAUCCUGUGGACUUUCUCCAUCUACCUGGAGUCUGUCGCCAUCCUGCCCCAGCUCUUCAUGAUCAGUAAGACCGGCGAGGCUGAAACCAUCACCAGCCACUAUCUCUUUGCCCUGGGUGCCUACCGGGCACUCUACAUCGUCAACUGGGUCUACCGCUUCUACUUUGAGAGUUUCUUCGAUCUCAUCGCCAUCGUGGCUGGCUGUGUCCAGACAAUACUCUACUGCGACUUUUUCUAUCUAUACAUCACAAAAGUUCUGCAAGGCAAGAAGCUGUCAUUACCAGCAUAAAUACCACCUUUCUCCGCGAGUUCUCACCAAGCUCGCCGAUUCAGCUCAACUUCAGUAGACUGUCGUCAAAGAUGGUUUUCAGUCUCUUCAUCUUCAAACAUAAAAUUCCAGAGGAAUGUUUUUUUUCAUUUGGGGUUUUUUUGUGUAGUUGUAAAGUCACUUGCCAGUUUUUUUAUUUCCUAUUCUGUGUAACGAUAAGUUAAGCAUGUUGUGCCUUUAUU